AUGUCGAGCUCUACUCGUCCCUCAUCCCCAGCGGGUACUGUCAAGAAGACAGAUACCGUGGGCACUACGGAGGAGACCACCAAGUCUGUGCCGGGUAUCAUGGAUGAAGUGACCCGGGUGGUCGACCACAAGGCUGAACGACGCCUCUGUCGGAAGUUCGAUUAUCGCCUGCUACCAAUUUUGGCCGUUAUGUACCUGUUCAAUGCUUUGGAUAAAGGCAAUUUGGGAAAUGCAGAGACAGAUGGAAUGACAGAUGACCUCAAUUUCAAGCCAAACCAGUACAAUUUGUUGCUCUCAAUCUUCUUUGUGCCAUUCGUGAUCUUUGCACCGCCGUUCUCGAUGCUGGGAAAGAAGUACAGCCCUGCACGGGUCCUACCAAUUCUCAUGUUCUCGUUCGGCUCCUUCACGAUGCUAUCAUCAGCAGCAUUCAACUUUAGCGGGAUGUUCGCGCUUCGCUGGUUCUUGGGCAUGUCCGAGGCUGCCUUCUUCCCGCUGGUCAUUUACUACCUGACCACAUUCUACCGCCGUGGUGAGCUGGCUCGUCGCCUGGCUGUGUUCUAUGCUGCGUCCAACAUCGCAAAUGCCUUUUCUGGGCUCAUUGCGUUUGGCGUGUUCCAAAUUAAGGGAUCCAGCAUCCCCAACUGGCGUUAUCUGUUCAUCAUCGAGGGUGGUGUUACCGUCCUUUUCGCCACAUUCGCUUUCUUCUACCUUCCGCGCAGUGCAGCGGAGGCCAAAUUCUUGUCCGAGGAAGAGAAGGCUCUUGCCUUCCACCGAAUCCAAGUCGAUUCCAGUGCGGUAGUCAAUGAGGAGUUUAGCUUCCGCGAGGCAAUUGCCAUCUUCAAGCACCCCACGACAUAUGUCUUCCUCUGCAUUGAAAUCUGUCUCGGUGUGCCGUUGCAAGGCGUGGCGCUUUUCAUGCCGCAGAUUGUCGCACGGCUGGGCUACAGCACGGUCAAGACCAACCUGUUCACCGUGGCGCCGAACGUGACAGGCGCAGUAAUGCUGUUGAUUCUCGCUUUCUCGUCUGAUUGGGUGAAGCUUCGAUCGCCAUUUAUUGUUCUAGGAUUCCUCUUGACUUUCUGCGGAUUCAUGAUCUACGCCUCUAUCGAUGACGUUCAAGCGCAGCUCCAGGUCGCGUACUUUGCCUGCUUCAUGAUGACAUGGGGCACAUCGGCUCCAUCCGUGAUGCUCAGCACAUGGUACAACAACAACAUCGCCCACGAAGGCCGACGUGUGUUGCUGACCAGUAUCGGCGUGCCAUUGGCCAAUCUCAUGGGCCUAGUCAGCAGCAAUCUGUUCCGCAAGCAAGACGCGCCCAAGUACAUGCCUGCGCUGAUCAGCGUGGCGGCGUUUGGAGCCGCGGGCGCCUGUCUGGCUGCUUGCCUCGGUCUGUACAUGUGGCUGGAUAACAAGCGUCGCGAUCGUCGCGAUGGAGUCACACGUCAUGCGCGGGAUAUCCCCACCGAUCGCAUGAGAGAUGGACCGGCGUCUGCCGACUUCCGGUGGUUUUUGUAA